AUGUCGAAUAAAUCAAUUGCUAUAACGAGUCUUUUAAUAUUUGUUAUUUUAUCAUUAGCAUGGAUUGUUGGUUUUGCGUCAAGAUUAUUUGCUAUUGUUCGUUUUGAAUCAAUUAUUCACGAAUUCGAUCCAUGGUUUAAUUUUCGCGCAACUCAUUAUAUGGUAGAAAAUGGUUUUUAUAAAUUUUUAAAUUGGUUCGAUGAACGUGCUUGGUAUCCAUUGGGACGAAUCGUUGGUGGAACGGUGUAUCCAGGAUUAAUGUUAACAUCUGGUUUUAUUCAUUAUGCACUUUCGUUAUUAAAUAUAUCAAUUCAUAUUCGUGAUAUAUGCGUUUUUCUCGCUCCAACAUUCAGUGGUUUAACUGCAAUUGCAACAUAUUUAUUAGCGAAAGAAUUGUGGUCUACUGGCGCAGGUUUAUUCGCAGCUUGUUUCAUUGCAAUAUCACCUGGAUAUACUAGUCGUUCAGUCGCUGGGUCAUAUGACAAUGAAGGGAUCGCUAUUUUUGCUCUUCAGUUCACAUAUUUUUUAUGGGUUCGUUCUGUGAAGACAGGUUCUGUUUUUUGGGCAUCACUUACAGCGCUUUCUUAUUUUUAUAUGGUGUCGGCAUGGGGUGGUUAUGUUUUUAUAAUUAAUCUUGUUCCAUUGCAUACAUUUGUUUUGAUUCUUAUAGGUCGCUAUACAUCAAAGCUUUAUGUUGCUUAUAGUACCUUUUAUAUAUUGGGCCAAGUUAUGGCAAUGCAAGUCCCAUUUGUUGGUUUUCAGCCAGUUAAAACAUCUGAGCAUAUGGCAGCAGCAGGCGUAUUCGGUCUGCUUCAGGUUAUAGCUCUUCUUAAAUAUGCGCAGAGACGUAUUACUCGAAAUCAGUUUAUGACAUUAUUUGUUGGUGGCAUAUCGACAGUAGUAAUUGUUGGAUUUACUGCUGUUGUUUUCCUUACCUAUGCAGGUUACAUUGCUCCUUGGUCAGGUCGUUUUUAUUCACUGUGGGAUACUGGAUAUGCAAAAAUUCACAUUCCAAUUAUAGCCUCAGUUUCGGAGCACCAACCAACCACUUGGGUUUCAUUCUUUUUUGAUCUCCAUAUUACAGCUGCAGUUUUCCCUGUUGGUCUUUGGUACUGCGUUAAGAACAUUAAUGAUGAACGAGUUUUUAUUAUCUUGUACGCUGUCACCGCCGUGUAUUUUGCUGGUGUAAUGGUUCGCCUUAUGCUGACGCUUACACCUGUCGUCUGCGUACUUUCUGGAAUUGCAUUUUCAUAUACCUAUGAGAAGUUCCUGGUUGAUGAGAGCGAGGAACCGAAAAGUGGUAUGGAUGAAGAAGAAAGUAAACAUUUGUACGACAAAGCCGGAAAAGGUCGUAAAGGUGGAUCUUGGGUAAAUCAAGCUACUACUGAAAGUGAUAAUGGGUCAAUAGGUAUGAAUGCUCGCUCAGUUGUAUCUGUAGUCCUUGUCCUUAUGUUGUUGAUGUUCGUAGUUCAUUGUACUUAUGUUACAAGUAAUGCAUAUUCACAUCCUUCCGUCGUACUACAAUCGCAUACAUCUGAUGGUGGUCGUGUGAUUAUGGAUGAUUUUCGUGAAGCUUACUAUUGGCUGCGUAAAAAUACAGACGAUAAUGCGAGAAUUAUGAGUUGGUGGGAUUAUGGAUAUCAAAUAGCUGGAAUGGCUAAUCGAACCACACUCGUGGAUAAUAAUACAUGGAACAAUUCACACAUUGCUCUGGUUGGUAAAGCAAUGUCAUCGAACGAAUCAGCAGCAUUUGAAAUUAUGAAUGAAUUGGAUGUUGAUUAUGUACUGGUCAUUUUUGGCGGAGUUAUUGGGUUUUCUGGUGAUGAUAUUAAUAAGUUUUUGUGGAUGGUUCGCAUUGCUGAGGGCGAACAUCCUAAGGAUAUACGCGAGAGCAAUUAUUUCACCGAAUCAGGUGAUUAUUCUGUGGGUGAACAAGCCUCGAAUAUCAUGCUUAAUUGUCUUAUGUAUAAGAUGAGUUAUUACCGUUUCGGAGAUAUCAGGUUCUCUCUUGGGCACCAGCAACCAGCUGGUUUUGAUCGCACAAGGGGUUAUGUUAUUGGUAAGAGAGAUAUUGUGCUCGAACAUCUGGAAGAAGCCUAUACUUCUGAAAACUGGCUUGUUCGUAUAUAUAAAGUGAAAAAGCUGCCUAAUAGACCGUCAAUCAAAUAUCAGCAGAGAAAAAUAAAAUCUAAAUCUAGUACUUAUUCAAAGAAGGAUAAAUCAAAAAAAGGCGUUAUAAGAGGAAAGCUUUCGAUUGUUAAGGCAAGAACACUGUGA